AGGAAAAUAAAUAUAUUCCGGGGACUUGCAAAAAUGAAAAUGCAAAAGAGAGGCAGGUGUCGCUCAUCUCAACCAUCUUCUUCUGCUUAUCUUCUUCUAAGCAGUAUCUAUCUGGAUCUGGUAUAAAACUAAUCCCUGAAAGAAAGAAAGAAAGAAAAGCGGCCAGUUUGGAGAGCAAAUAGCAAUCCAAUGGACAGAGGCUGUCUGAAGAGCCUAAAUGCAGUAAGAUCUCUCCAUUUCCAUUUUUUAAGCCGUAAUACACCUUCUCUAUUCGCCUCUUUCUCCAACACCAAUUUCCACCCUUCUUCCUCCCUUCGCCUCUCCUCUAUCUCUGAAAGAGGGAACGGGAACUCCCCCCCUCCGCCUGCUGCUCCACUUUCACAAAAUAAGCUUCUUCAAGUCGUCUUAGUUUCUCCUCAGAUUCCCGGAAAUGCAGGUUGCAUUGCAAGAACAUGCGCAGCAUCAGCUGUUGGCCUCCACCUAGUUGGGCCAUUAGGAUUUAAAGUGGAUGAUACUAAACUAAAGCGUGCUGGACUGGAUUACUGGCCAUAUGUUGUUGUUAGAGUACAUCGCUCUUGGGCAGAGUUUCAAGACUAUUUCAAGCAACAGGAAGGGAAAAAGCGGUUGCUGGCUUUUACUAAAAGAGGAACAACUAUUCAUUCAGACUUUUCAUACGGAAAAGGUGAUUAUCUGAUAUUUGGUUCAGAAACUUGUGGCCUACCUCCUGAUGUUUUGUUAGAGUGCAGAAGUGAAACUUUUGGGGGUGGAACCAUUCGGAUUCCAAUGGUUGAGACUUAUGUUAGAUGCCUGAAUCUCUCUGUGAGUGUUGGUAUUGCUUUGUAUGAAGCUUCUAGACAGCUGAACUAUGAGCAGCUUCAAGGGUCCUCUGGAAAUUCUAGUGAUUGUGAACAAUCUUUCCUUACUGAGGAUAUUUUUGCUUGAUACGUUGUAUUCCCAAUUUUGAACCUCUAUGAAUAUAGAUUUUUGAAAGCAAGUGAUGGUGACUUGUAGAAAUCAGGGUAUCAAUAGUGCUUUAUAUGUUUUUAAUAUUAUUUAUUAUUUUGAAAAUAGAGGGUAUUCAAUUCUAGUUUUCUAGACAAGCAAAACAAAUGCUUAGGGAAAGACUGAUUGGGAUGCGAGGGAGGGUAUUUUGAGUGUUUAGAAGAUUUGUUGGUCAUUGUAGUCGUAGAGUUAGAUGCAGUAUUGUAAGGGAAGUGAAGUCAUCUCUUCUUUGCUUGUAAAAAGACAGAGCAGAGGGAGUUCAGUACUUCAGUUGAAGAGCGGAGUGAGCGGGAUUUUCCUUUCAAAAAAAGAAAACACUGCGUAGGAAUUUUUUAGCGACUCUUUCUCCAAGUCUUCUGACUGACUUUCCUUUUAAAAAGUUUCCAAAUUGAAUCCACUCCGUAUCUAUAUAUUUUCCAUUAUUUCUGAACCUUGAAUCUAAAGAAGAGAAGAAAACUAGGGUUUGUGUUUGCCUCCUUCGACCUUUGCUUUUCUUUCGUCAGGCUGGUAAUCAAAAUUAGCCCUUCGUUUUUUGGGCUGUUGUUCGUUUGUAGUAUUCUUCAAUGUUUUUUAAUCCAUGCUUUUCUGCUUCUUGUGGUCAUGUUUUGUUUUCUUUGUUAUGUACUGUAUUUAUAAAUCUUAUUUAAUUGCAGGAAAAAAAAAGAACAGGGGAUUAAUUAAUUAUCAACUCUUUCACACAGGUACAAUUAAAACUGAGCUAAGAUCAAUACUAUAAUAGUUGUUUUUUCUUUGACAUGAUAUUAAGGAAGCUG